ACUUGUUUUAUUUAUCGCUUUGUCAAAUUUAUUUUGUCUUUACUGUGUUACUCUCAAACUCCUACUAACUUCUGUGACUAUACAUUUUAAUUAGUGAUUAAUCUGAGGACGUAAAGUAAAUACACUCUGUGAAUUUUGUGAUAAAUCUCAAAAGAAUAAAAUCAUGGAGGGUUUUAUCGAAGUCAAUGAAAUAUCAGAUUUCGUUUCAUACAUUAAAAGUAUUGAAUGGAGAGACCCAUGGCUCAUAGCUCUCUUGUCUUUUCAUGUACUAGUUACUUUUACCUGUUUUUCAACAAGGAACUAUAGCAAUUUUCAAAUAAUCCUUUUCAUCACAUUAUUAUUGCUUGUUUAUUUUUCGGAGAGCAUAAAUGAAGUUGCCGCAAGGAACUGGAAUCUAUUUUCAAGGCAGCAAUACUUCGAUAGUAAAGGCCUGUUCAUAUCGGUCGUCUUCUGUAUACCUAUAUUACUAAACUGCAUGAUAAUGGUGGGUUCAUGGCUCUACCAAUCUACACAACUAAUGACAAAUCUGAAGAAAGCGCAGCUCAGACAACGCCUCAAAGAACUGAACAUGCACAGAGAGCAGCAGCUACACAUGAAGGCGGAAUAAGUAAAACAAACUGUAUUAUAGUGUAAUAUCGGAACUGAUUUGAUAUCUGAUUGCUAACAUCUGAGGCAAGGUAUCCUGAUUUUAAAAUAUUUUAUUUCGAUUUGACGAUGAAUAUUUUAUCCUAAACCUAUUCGCUUAUUUACUAACGGCUUAUUACGUUCAUUAAAAAUGAUUAAGCUUUAAAACUUUUAGUGACUUUUAGGGUGGAUGUUAACGCGAAGUGUUGCGUUGUGUAUUGGAUUUUCGCAGAAAUAUGUUUUUUUUAAUCCUUAGUGUUAAGAUAUUAAUAGUAACGCGUUAGAUGUGCUGCUUUUUAUUGUUUCAAUAACCCAUUAUGUAGGAUUAAGAUUUUGGUCCUUCGAGCCCGUAUACAUAUACAACUGUGUUCUAUGAAGUUUAUGGUUUUCUAAUUUAUCAUGUAACUUAUAUAUGACAGGAGAAAACAUGUAACGAACCUAUUCACGUUAUUAUUAUAAACAUCGAGGCGACAUUUUUUUUUUCUUUCACUAAAAUUAUAAUCAAAUUUCCUAUUUCUCUUGACUAAAUCAAUGAUAAAUUUGUUAUACGAAAAUAAAUUAAUUUUCUAAAAAACAAUAAUAUUGUUUACCUUUAACAUUUUCUAUUGAAUAUUGAUUAAGUAUUCCUAACAUUUUUCAUUACUGUUUUGUAUUAAAUUGGUAACGUGAUGAUGACUAUAUCUAUGUGUUCUACGUCAAUUAUUGUCAAUGGCCAUAAUAAGAUGUGCAAUAUUUAAUGAUUGUUACUAUAUAAAUGUUAUUAUAUAAGUUUAGUUAAAAUUGGUGUUUGUGCGUAAACAUAAUGUCAAGAGAAUAUCCAUUCAAAUAUUCUAAGUUAUUAAUGUAAGAGUAAGUUGUAUUAAGUAAGACAUACCGCUUGCUUGUGUUGAACUUUGACUGCAAGUUCUAACACUGUUCAGAUCCGAGGUCGAUGAGACCAGCUUAGAGAAAUAAAUGUAGACUAUCUGGUAGAAAAAUUCCUCUUCAAUUUAGUUCAAAGAUAAUGUUUAACAAAAGAUCGGAACGGAAGAUAUUUUUAAAAUAUAUUUCUGACUAGUUUUAUUACAACACGUUUUAUUAUACAAUUAUAUAAAAACAUAUUUUUCGCGUAAUUGGUACACAUUUGCGUAAUGUACGUAUAAAAACCGAAUUAUUGUUCAUAGUUAGGCGAUUGAAGACAAAAUGAUUAUAUUUAAAAUUUGGAAUCUGUGUCAAUAUUCUUAGUAGGUAACAACUUUAAUUCCAUCCUUUUUUUCGCGCUAGUUACUCUUGCGUAUUAAUUAUGACGUGAAUUAUGAUAAUUCCGGACGUUUUCAUAUUUCGAAGUAUGUUUACUGUUUGUCAUCUUUGUAAUAACGGAAUGCGCGUUACUGAAGUUAUACAAAUAAUUAUGUACGAAAAUGUACAUAAAUUUUUACUGUUAUCGAAUUGCUAGUAUAUUUAUAAUUUAAAUUUGGAAUGACUAACGUAAAAAUUUAAACAAAAAUCUUGCGUGUUAAAUUAUUUUACAGUCAUUAAACACGAAUGUGAGAAUGAACAAAGAAUCUACGAUUACUUAUUAUGCAAGAAGUUAUACUAUUAAUUGUCUAUGAACUAGUUUUUUAUGCGGUUUGGUUAAAUCUUGCCUUACUUAUGACUAACUUAUAUGUAAUCUAUGUCAAAACCGAAAUAUAUUUUAUUUCAUUGGCUCUUAAGGAAUGAAUUUGAAAAUAAUCGUUAUUAAAAUAUCGAUGUUUUACAGCACUACAUGUGGGAGAGAUACGACACACUUUCCCAUUACUAAGAGCUCGAUUAGUUGAUAAAUAUGUAUAAUCGUUGACACUCUAAUCCGUUUUUUUUUUAAAUAUGUUAGAAGGUAUAAUUUUCGUGUGAUUAUAAUGAUAAUAUCAAAUUAUCUCGAUAGAAACCGUGUACUUAAGUACUUUAAAGCAUCAUUAUAUAGGUAUAUAUAUUUUUAUUUUUUUAUGUGUGUGAUUCCCAAAGUGGUCCAGGUGGAUCCCCAGGGUUCCACGGGAGACUUGCUGGGGGUCUACGUAGGCGUGAAUAAAAAAUGGGGGUCCAUAAGAUGUUAAUGGGGGUCCACGAAAAUUUAUCUGCUUUUGAUAGUAAAGAGCAAAAAUGUAAGCAUAGUUUUUAUAAGGGCCUACCUACAUUGUUUUAAGUACCUAACUAAGGAGGUAAUAUUUUAAUAAGGCAAGCGACUGUUACUUGUCCAAACUUGCGUAUUCGAUAUUACGUACAAAUUGUGUAUAGACUUGCAAAGCGCUAUCCGCCCGACAAUGCUUAAUGCUUGUUCAGACAUGAACGUGAUCACCACUAUAAAUACUUGAUGCCAAAGGUACCUACCGUUUUUUUAUUUUUCUCGUCAUCAGUUUUUAUCAAAUUCAAAUUCAUUGAUUUUAAUUGCCGAAAUACUCGUAGGGUUACUAAGAGCAUAAAAGCACCAAUAUUAAACAAAUUUAAAUUUAGUUCACAUGCCAAUAGGUGGUCCACGAGAAAAAUAAAUUUGGGAACUACUGAUGUAGACUUAUUAAAUUUGAUUAGUCUGGAUCCGUGAUAUUUAAAAUGUAAUUGUAUUUUAUGUAAUUAUUCGUUAUGUUUAAUUUUUGUGAUGAGCAAUUUGUUUUUAUUUUGAUGAUGAUAAAUUUACACGAAAAUGUUUAUAAUAUUUUAUUCAUUUGCUUGAAUAAAUAAGUUUGAAAUUUUUUUUUUUGAAAAUAUGCGUUACAUUCAUUAAAUUAAUUCAAAUACCAGUUACCAAGAAAAAAUAACGUUAUACAAUAGUUCAGUGUGUAAUAUGUUUUGUAUGUGCCAUAAAUUUACCUUUAUAUACAUCUUCCAAAUAAAUAAAGUAAAUAUAAUAAAUAAAAUAGUACACUUGUUAAACAAUAAUAUAAAAUUGCUAACAGAUUAAACGCCACGUGAUAAUCACAUGUAUACAAAGAAAUGUGAGCAAUUUAUUAACCGUGGUUGCUCUUGAACUCAAUCGUUAAUAAAAAUCGCUUUAAAUCUAUUCUCUCGCGAAGGCGCGCCCCUCCAAGCUUAUCGUCGUGAUUGUAUGAGUGGCGCUUGUUCGUUCGUGAGUUUGUAGAUCUAUAUAGCUGAGGGAGCUAUACUGUAAAGUUUUACGGCUAAUCGCGGCACGUGCCCGCUCAACUAGUGUUGUACUUCAUGAUAUACGGCACGUGUCAUUCGCUGGAAUGGUGAUGUAACAAUUUAUACUCGUGCAAUUGACAUACAUUUUUCGAUUAACAAAAUCAUCGGUAUAAAGAAUAUUUUAUUUUUUUGUGUGAUAUGUAAUUUGUAAUAUAAAUGUAAUUGGUAAGUGCUGAUAAUUCGAUGUAAACUUGCCUGAUACAACGCAUUAUAGGCUGAAAUUGUUGAAUUUAAAACGAUAGUCACUAUUCUAAAUUAAUGUAAGAGUAAUUCUUUAGGUGCAUUUAUUCGUAAACAGAUGACCUAUAAAAUAUAUUAUAACGCUGCGUUCUUAAAAAGUCGACCGACAUUUAUUUUCGGUUUUUUUUUUUUUUUAAUAUAUUAUCUAUAGAAUAUGUUUUGUUAAGGGAGAAAAGUUUUGUAAGCCGCUGUAAAUAUUUCGUCUACAUUUUUUAUUUCCGUCUUUGUCUGCUUUUUAUAAAUGCAGCGUUGAUAUAUAACACUAAAAGGGAAAUUCUGUGUUCGAAAACAAAUGACUAUUGUUAAAAUAUACAUAUAAACGAUUUUACUUUUUAUGUUAUUAUAUUUAAUAUAAAAAACAAUGUAGAUAUGUCACGUAAUGGAUAUAGUUAUUAAGUGGUUAGAAUUUUCACAACUAGUAACACUGUGUAGAUUAUAUCAACAUGAUUUAAAAUAAGAAAAUAUUACUGAGACUUUUUUUGUUAUUAAACUUCAAUAAAAUUAACCAUUUUAUUGACAUUAAACAUCUUUGUGUACAAACUAAUACAAAUUAAAUGUCGUGUCUGAGUUCGUUUCUAUGUGUAACAUCUUAUUGAAACGGUUCUGACGCAAAAGGAUUUAAUUGAAUUUGCACACGCAUUCAUUUUUAAGGUAAAGUCGGUCAUAUAUUGACUUGAUAUUAAUAAUGAUCGUCGUCGUUGAGGUGAUAGGAGGUAUAAACACAAUUUGAAUUACGUCCAUUCUCGUUAUUAGAUUAACGAUGUGCAGCGAAGACUGAUUGUCAAUAAAGAAAGCAUAUUGCUCUCAUAAAAGAUAAUUAACUCAAUCUAUACCCCCACAAGUAAUAUAAUUUUAUUACUUUUUUUUUUUAAAGAAAAUCAAACUUCAAACAAUUGUUAAUCGUAGUUUGCAAUUUGAUUUUCUCUAUAUAUGUAUGUUAUAUUCUGGCAACUUUUUCUUUAAAAAAAUAUUGUACACCGAAUUAUCAAAAAUACCUUGAUAUAGUAUUAUCUCUGGAAUUUUUCAUAUACUGGAAAUGUUUAAGGCAUUAUUUUCAUGGCCAUUUUUGUUGUGAUUCUUAAUGUCAUAUGGUACGUGUACCGUAAGAAAGCAAUGUGAGCUGGUGUUCAUAAUAUUAUCAUAAACUAUUCAGGUUACCAAAAUGUUACUCUGCUUUGAGAAGAACACGUUUCGAAGAUCCCGCUCCGUAAUGAAAGCAACGGAAACUGUAGUUUUAUCGAGACUCGUCGAGCGUUUAUCGAUAGCUAAAAUCUAAACUAAAUAUCGAAAAAAAAGUCGAAAUUGUGUAUUUUUUAGUAAUUGUUGUAUGUAUUUAUGAUUAGAUAUUUUUUUCACAAAUACGUCAAUAAAACAUCACGUUUGUUACAUUUGUUUUAAACUGGUAUUACCUUGAAUUAUAUUUUAUAGUGAAAUCCGUAAGUGUAAGAAUAUACUUGAAAAUUAAAAUGUACAUGGUACUCUAAAGAUAAUAAGUAUUUAUUUAAGAUAUGCAAUUUUAGGUCUUGUAUUGUAUGUAAUAGUUGUCAAUGUCAUGUUUUCUUACACUGAUAGCAUAUUGCCUAAAUCACGUACUAACAGUUAACUAAUUGGCGAUGAUGAAUAAAUGCUUAAAUAAAAAUUUAUGUUAAGUAAA